AUCACCCCGUUGGUGAAUACGCAGAAAUCAAACGAGUACCGGGUGCUGCAAGAUGUGGAGAGUAAGCAGCUGCUGAGCGAUUUGAUGACCAACAACGACUUUAGUUAUCACUUUAUGCGGUAUACAGCGAGUUUGGGAUACACUUUGCAAUACGGAAAACGGUUAGAGGGAGAGGAAAAUAAUUUUGAGAUCAUGGAGACCAGCGCCAUCGUUAAGGAACUCGUGGAAGCGUUGACGCAGAUCGGCUUUGGGAUUGUUGAGCUAUUCCCAGUUCUCGAUUGUCUGCCCUCGUUUCUGGCGCCGUGGAAGAAGUUCGGAGAGAAGUCGUAUACCCGGGCUGCUACAUUUUACCAGGCGAAUCUACAAAAAGGACAAUCGAGCUCGAAUUGGAACUGGACGCAGCAGAUCUCGCAACUUCCGGUCGCGCAGAGAGUGUCAUCGACUGAUCUUUCAUUCCUGCUGGGACUUACGCUACAGGCAGGCGUGGAAACGACGGUGAGUGCGCUACGCGUGUUCAUCAAAGCAAGUCUCCUGCACCCGGAGUGCGUGAAAAAAGCACAGAAAGAGCUAGACGAAGUGGUUGGCCCAGACCGUCUGCCUAGUUUCGAAGACUCUUCCCGUCUUCCUUAUAUCCACGCCAUGGUGGAGGAGGUUCUGCGCUGGCAACAAGUCGGACCGAUUGGCAUCCCACACGCCACCACCGCAGAUGAUGAAUACAUGGGCUAUCACAUUCCCAAAAAUACAGCCGUGAUUCCCAACAACUGGGCCAUCGCAUUCGAUGAGACGACAUACCCGGAUCCGUAUGCAUUCAAACCCGAACGAUGGUUCGACGAGUCGACACCCUCAAUGAGCGGGUUCGGAUAUGGGCGACGUAUCUGUCCUGGGAAGCAGAUCGCCCUGAAUACCAUGUACAUAAACGCUGCGAGGAUUUUGUGGGGAUACAAUAUUCACCAUGUGUAUCGGGGUGGAAAGAAGGUAGAGGUUGGUGCGUGGGAUAUCGACCAUGGUUUUGUUUCUGGACCGAAGAAGUUUGAAGUCGAUUUUCAGGUUCGGAGUGAGCGGCACCGCGAGGUUAUUGAGAAGGAGUGGAUGAGCGUGGAGAAGGAUACGGAUGUUCUUCUUCAGGGGUUGAGAGGUAGAUAAUCGUACUGCCGUACUUGAGAUAGUACUGAAUACCUUGACGAUGGAGAUGUCAACAGUCAAUUGACUUUCCUCAAGUUAAUAUCCCUUCCAGAAUCUAGUAACCAUCCCGUCGAUCAGUCUGAUGUCAGCAAUAAGCACUAAGGCGAUAAUUAAAGUUGCAUUGGCACGAAACAGUCAGCUUCAUAACUAAAUGAACUGCUGCAUUUACAUGCAUAAAGAUGUCAGAUUAAUGAGCUUGUUUAUCAGCCAGAUUCUAUUCCACAUCCAUGUCAAUCAGCAUGAGUUUUUCAAAACACUCGACCAAUCCUCCUUCUUCAUCCAUUCUUCAAGAGUAGUCAUCGGACAUUCAAUUCCAGUCUAUACAGUCAGUCUAUAUCAUAAUAGUAGCUCAUCACUCACCUUUUGUAUAUCCUCCGCCAUCAACAACCUCUCUCCCCCAUCAUACCCCGGAUCACUCGAAUAC